AUGCUUGCGAUUUUCUUCCGGGGAGAAAGCUUUAUAGUUCCAUUUGUCCAUAUCGGUCAGUUCCGACGCGACUAUCGUGCCUUCUGGGCCGACCCAACGGCCGUGAAUCCUCUAUGGCUUUCCAUGCUUUUUUCCAUUUGCUCAGUCGCUACUAUCAUUGCAAGCACGAUUGGUCCUCCACAGGCCUCGCGGGAAGAGACCAUCGAUAAAGCGGCCAAGUUCCAUGUAGCGGCGGGGCAAAGCUUGGUUGCCGGCGAGUAUCAUCGUCCGCAGCCUUUAGUGCUAGAAGCCUUAGCCAUGUACGCACAAGGCAAAAGCAUGCGCAGUCUUGACCCUUCUCGAGAAGCUGGGGCCAUCUUUUCGAUGAUCGUACGUAUGGCUUAUGAGAUGGGCUACCAUCGAGAUCCAGACAAACUCGGUAACUUCACCCCGUUUGAGGGUGAGAUGCGUCGACGCCUUUGGGCCAUGAUGAAGCAGGUCGACCUAAUGACUUCGUUCCAACUCGGCCUCCCCAGUAACAUUCGGUUUGAGAACUGUGACACUAAAGCGCCGCGGAACCUGACAGACUACGAUUUCGAUGUGGAUACUAAGAUAUUGCCUGAAUCUCGACCGGAGGAAGAGCCUGUCAACCUGCUGUGGUUCAUAGUGAAAGACCGUCAGAUGGACAGUUUCAUGAAGGUAUGCCAAGAGGCCUUGAGCUUCCAUGAGAAAUCAGAGGCGGAGGUUCUCAAGCUUGAUGCGGAGAUCCGGCACAUGCAAACCACCAUCCCUCCAAUGCUUCGUGCCCGGCCUAUUGCCGACUCGUCUGGCGACUCGCCGUUCCUCAUUAUGGUCCGUAUAUACGUCGAGUUUAUCUAUCUUAAGAGCCUGUGUGUUCUCCAUCGACGCUACAUGGGCUGCGGCAGAGUUUUCAGCACGCAGUCUUGUAUUGAGGCCGGGCGUCGACUCGUGAGCCAAUUUGUUGAAAUUCAUCAGGAGUUUCAGCCCGGAGGCCAGUUGCACCAAGCACGGUGGAUGCUCACCAAUUUCACUAUGAAUGAUUUCCUGAUGGGAGUGAUGGUGCUCUGUCAGAUUGUCAAUAUCUGGCGCAGCAAGGGUCGUCACUCUGCUGUUGAUCCAGGCACCGAGGGCGCUACGUUAACGCUGUUGAAACAAGCCCUGGCUAUCUGUGUAGAGAAGUCCCCCGCUAGUCGCGAUGCACGAUACGUGGCGCGUGCAAUAAAAGUCAUCUUGGACGGCCCUGUUGGUCCAGCCAGGAAUGAAUCUUCGCUAUUUGUACUGGGCGAGGAAGGCGAGGACGUUGGGACUUCUCUUGGAUGGCUGGACAAUUUCCACGGAGAGAUGGACUGGCAUCUUCUGGACUCGCUCGCCUUAGAUUGA